AUGCCGAACGAUGUUGCUCUUCCUAAUCCGACUAUUUCAGGGUCAUACCAACACGUUGGAAAAUCACCAUGUACCAAUCAUCUGUUUCGUGCUUACGAAGCUAGACGCAAAAGGGAUGUAGAAGAAAAAUUAAGGGAAGACGAGGGAUCAAAACUGUAUCAGAAGGGUUAUGUUUCUAUGAUGUAUGAUAACCACGUGGAAAAAAAACGGACUCAGAGAAUAAUACGAGAAAAAGUAGAACAGAAGAUACAAGAUUACGAAGAAAGUAUCAAUAAAAGAAGAGAAAAACUCCAAAAAAUGCUUUGUAUCGAAGAGAGAGAGUUCUACCGAAUGACUGUUGAACAAGCCCAAAGAGGAGACGAAAGAAAAAUGGAUAAUAUGAAACGAACAGUUGAACAAAUCAGAGCCAAGAGGGAAGAAGAAAGAUUGGAACUUGUGAGAAAGAAGAGAAUUGAACAAUACAUAACUCGAUGUCAAGAUCUCAGGCCCGCUUUGUUGAAGAAACAUCUCAUUGAAUCCAAAAACGCUCAACUUCAACAAAUGAGAGAAAAUGAGGCAAAACGAGAGGCAAAUAAGGAACUUGAUAGAAUGUGGAAUGAAUUGAACCAAAAAGAGUUACGAGCCAAGAUUGAAAGGGAGGAAAGGGAAUUAUUAGCAGCAAAAGCACAGCAGAUAAAUGUACACGAGAUUUUGAAAAAACAAAUCAGGGCAAAGGAACUUCUGAAAGCUGAAGAGAAAAAAGUAACUAUGGAAGAUAAGAUUGAAAUCGCUAGACACAUGGAAAAAACACGAUUAGAAAAAAUAGAAGAAUUGAAAAAUAAACGGAGGGAUGCAGAUUCGCUGCGUCAAGAUCUUCUCAAUCAAAUACGUACUAACCAAGAUAUUCUCGAGAAACGAAAGAGAGAGGAAGAGGCGAUUGAUCAGGCAUUUGCUUAUAUGAGCAAAAUGGAAAUGGAGAGAGAAAUGUCAGCAUUCGAAGAAUCCGUGUCACAAAUGAGGAAAGAAACUGCAAUGUAUAAGGAACAUCUGAAGGAACUGAACGCAAGUAGAAAAAAAGAAGAAGAGGAACUGAAUGCGCUCCUAGAAGAGCAUAGGCAAGCGGUUCAAAAACAACAGGAUGAGGCAAAAUGCAAGAUUAUCGAAGCUAAGAGAGCUUUACAGUGUGACGUACAGAAGGGACGCGCAGAGCAAUUGGAACAUAAGAAGAAGGAAGCGGAAUACCAAUUGAAAUUAAAACAAGCUGAAAAUGAGCUACUUCGAUUAGCAUUCGAAACCAAUGCUUGCCUCCAAGCGGAAAGUGACCGUCUCGAACAAGAAGCUAUUAGACAAUACAGAGAUGAUUUGAGAAAGCAGAUUGAAUACAACAAUUUGUUGAGAGAAAGAGAACGACAAGAGCUGGAACGACAAUUACAGAAAGGUAAAGAGGAAGAGGAAUAUUAUCAAAAACUAGUUCAAGAGAUCAUACUCCAAGAGACUGAGAGACCAGGAAAUAAACAUCCAUUCAGAAGGGUUCUUGAACAAUAUGAUUGUAGAUGUCCAAUACCUCCAUUCCAGUAA